GUUACAAUUAUUUUUAUUUGGAGUAACAAAAUAUGGUUUUAGCACACUUAGUAUCACUGGCUUGCAUUAAACACUGAAAUUGGACUAUUAAGAUUUUCAGAGGUGUAAAGUAUUUGAGUAAAUGUAAUUAAUUACUGUAUUUGACUAUCUUUUUGCCUACUUUUGAGUUUUACUGAGUGUCAAAGAUGUUAGCAAUUUUUCCUCUCUACUUCACUACAUUUUUUAAAAAGUUAUCUCUUCUCUUUACUCCGAUACAUUUGUAAUGAGUGUUGCAGUUACACAUUACAUUUUGCACAGCGCCUUGCAUUUUCUGCAACAGUUUAUUUCUGCUACAAAAGAAGUGAUGUUGUGUGUUUUGCCCUUACUCACCCAAACUUGUCAACAAGGCUAUUUUACACGGAUAUGAGUUCCUUAGCAACAGCGAUGAGGCCAAAACCAGCUCAUCCAGUGCAAGAAUGAGUUGACUUUUUUGUAUUAUUAUCCUGUUUUUGUAAACGUUUAAUAAACAAAUUUAACAAAAACAAAUAAAUAAAAUACUUCUUUACUCCAUGAUUUUAUUUAUCCUUUUUUUGAGGUGCUCAUGUUUAUUAAUUUUUUUCAUUUUUUCAUUUUUUAAUUAAAUAAAUCUGAUUGCUCUCAUCACAAAUCAGCUCUUUCUUGUUUUCCACUGUCAUGUCUCUUUGACUAGCAUCUUUGAGCCUAUAUUCACUCUGAGUAAAUAAGUAUUGAUAAAAUCAGCAACUCUUAAGACUUUUGCAAAAACUGUUUUGAAUUUGGUGACUUGUAAUUUGUAAUGGAGCAAUUUUCACUGUAAGAUAUUUUUUGCUGUUGAAUCUUCUCUCUUUCUCGACAGGUGGCGCAGUGUUCUUAGUAAUAAUGGAGUGUAGGGGCGGAGCAGAAAAAGACACACACACACACACACACACACACACCGCAGGCCGCCGGAGCGCGCUGACUCUCCAAACACACACUCACACGCUGAAGAGCCCAGCAGCAUCAUCCUCCUCCUCCUCCUCAUCAGCGUGUGCACGAGCGCUCAGCAUCCUCACUGACCGAUUGUCACACAAUGAACCGAACGCGCGCGGCUUCAUCUGAAGGUGCCGUGUGAUUUAGAGGAGAAAAGCACACGACUCUCCUGUAUGAUGUGCAUCGAUCAGAGACACUGUGUGGUUUUCUCCCGCUCCGUUCUGUCAUGAUGUCACGGUACCAUCAGCGUUUCGAGCGGGAUUUCCGCAGCGUUUGGGAGCGCAGGGAGCGCUGCGUCUCCAACAGCAGCUGCGUUGGCAAAGUUAACGGCUGCGUCUCCACCUCUGCCUCCUCCAUCCCUAACAGCGGCAACAACCGUCCCGGCCUCCUGCCCCUGCCCGUCAUACCCUCGCUGCUGCCCACCCCGGUCACCGGAGCAUCCAGCACGGCCAAUAGCGAGCUGACCUGCAAGCGAUUAGCCUCCACCUGCACCACCUCUGUGACUAAGGUCUCUGGGCACCCAGCGGUGGAAUCGCAGACUCAGGGCCAGGUCCUGGCUAAUAGCGUCCGCUGGGGGCAAACACCCAUUAACCAGUCCACGCCCUGGGACACGGAUGAGCCGCCCGCAAAACAGAUGAGGGAGAAAGAUAUCGCAGCUCCUCUAUGGCUUCCUCAAGUCGCUGCUGCCGUCAGCCAGGCUGGACUCUUGGCACACACAUACGCUAUGCCGCAGGCGCCAGCUUACAGUCAGGUCACGGCUGUCCAAGCACCCAUCGUCGGUGUGACCCCGGUGCUCCAAACCCCCCAUCCACAAUUACCCACACACUACCAACUCCCACAGCAUCCUUCACAGCCAAUGACUAACAUGGUCCUCAAUGUCCAGAGCCAAUCCCUCGCCAUCGGCGGCCUGCCUACAAUGCCCAGCGUCUGCCAGGUCGCCCAUCCCGUCCACACGGUGGUGGGCAAUGGCCACUUGACUCAUCCCAUGGUGCAAUCCGCCACCAUGAGCUCUUCGGCGCUGCCCACCAAUGGGCCGAUGACGAACGGCCAGCAGGAAACCGCCAACAACAGCCUGCAGAUGCUGAGAACGGUCGGAUUGGGGAAAUACGAAUUCACAGACCCCUGGCAUCCCAAAGAAAUGUUGAAGGAAUUGAACCUGCAGCGGCGAGAGAAAGAGUUUACAGACCUGAAAAUAAUUGUUGAAGGCAAAGAGUUUGAAGUCCAUCAAAAUGUUCUAGCUUCCUGCAGCUUGUAUUUCAAGGACAUGGUGAAAAGGUUAUCAGGGGAGAACCGAAACGGUGAGAAGAUGCAGCUGACAAUGAGCAACAUCAGUUCAGAUGUUCUGGAGCUUCUCCUGGAGUUCGUUUACACCGGCUCCCUCAUUAUCGACUCGGCCAACGCCAAGACCUUACUGGAGGUGGCCAACAAGUUCCAGUUCAGCACUUUCUGCAAAGUCUGUGUCUCCUUCCUCGAGAAACAGCUGACGGCUGCUAACUGUCUGGGAGUGUUGGCCAUGGCCGAGGCGAUGCAGUGCACCGAACUCCACAACAUGGCAAAGGCCUUCGCCCUGCAAAACUUCCCCGACGUGGCUGGUCAGGACGAGAUCCUCAACAUUUCCAAAGACGACCUGGUCAGUUACAUGUCCAACGACAGCCUGAACACGAAAGCAGAGGAGCUGGUCUAUGAGACGGUCAUCAAAUGGAUUAAAAAGGACCCCAGCAGCCGAGUGCAGCAUGUGUCUGAGCUGUUGGCAGUCGUGCGGCUUCCAUUCAUCCAUCCCAGCUACCUGCUGAACGUGGUGGACAACGAGGAGCUGAUCAAAUCUUCAGAGGCCUGCAGAGACCUGGUGAACGAAGCCAAGCGCUACCACAUGCUGCCACACGCACGCCAAGAGAUGCAGACGCCCAGAACUCGCCCGCGACUGUCUGCCGGUGUCGCUGAGGUGAUCGUGCUGGUGGGGGGGCGGCAGGUCAUCGGUAUGAACCAGCGCUCGCUGACAGCCGUCACUUGCUUCAACCCUCAGAACAACAAGUGGUACCCCCUGGCCAGCCUGCCUUUCUACAACCGCGAGUUCUUCUCCGUCAUAUCGGCGGGGGAUAAUAUCUACCUGUCAGGAGGCAUUGAGUCUGGAGUCACGCUGGCAGACGUGUGGUGCUACAUGUCCCUGCUGGAUAAUUGGAAUCUGGUGUCACGGAUGACAGUCCCACGCUGCCGACACAACACGGUGGUGUACGACGGCAAGCUUUACACCAUCGGAGGACUCGGAGUGGACGGGAACCUGGAUAAUGUGGAAAGGUACGACACCAUCACUAACCAGUGGGAGAUGGUGGCUCCUUUGCCCAAACCUGUCCAUUCUGCGGCGGCGACGGUGUGUGGGGGGAAGAUCUAUGUGUUUGGGGGAGUGAACGAGGCCGGCCGCUCUGCUGGAGUCCUUCAGUCAUAUGUGCCUCAAACCAACGCCUGGAGCUUUAUUGAGUCGCCAAUGAUCGAUAACAAAUACGCCCCUGCGGUGACUCUGAAUGGAUAUAUCUUCAUCCUCGGAGGAGCGUAUGCCAGAGCCACCACCAUAUACGACCCCGACAAGGGAAACAUCAAAGCAGGACCCAACAUGAACCACUCCAGACAGUUCUGCAGUGCGGUGGUCCUGGAUGGGAAGAUCUACGUGACCGGUGGCAUCGUGAGCAGCGAGGGUCCGGCGCUGGGAACCAUGGAGGCCUUUGACCCCUGUACAAACGUGUGGACGCUGCAGCAGAGCAUGCCCUGCCCGCUCUUCAGACACGGCUGCGUGGUUAUUAAGAAGUACAUUCAGAGCGGCUGACGCUGACACAGGCGAACACGACUCCACCGUCUCCUGCACACCGGACACCCACUUUCACAACACGGCCAGGAUUAGCAUUGCUGAGACCGAAGCCUUGCUCACUUUCUGACACCGUCUCGGAAUGUAGAAGCGAAUCUUUUCUGUCGGGCGCAAACAAGCCUUCGUGUAAUAUAGCGCACCUGACAGAGCUGUCCUUAAUUUGUGUGUGUGUCGUGGCUCUAGCCUUAAUGCUCUGUGGCCAUUCGGAUUGAACUUUUUUACAUAAUUCCUUUUUAUCUAACAGAGUUCACUUGUUUUUUGCGUUGCCACCGUUUUAAUGUUUGCAUAACUUUCAUUCCUCUUUCUUUGAGCAAUAAUGUAAAAUCACACUGUCUGGUUUCAGUAAUCCAUGUGAUGAUGGUUCACUCAGUCGUAUCAUUAUUUCAUCAUCUACGUUCUGGAGCACUUUGUAGAGGAGACAAAGUUGUUGAACAAGAACUAAAACCUCAUGUGACCUCAGUUCGAUCAGUCUCAGCCUCCUUAGUUACUGUUGCUCACUCAGACAAGCACGUCCCUGCAGAUCUCAGUGCAAUUGUUAGUAAAAUGUGCUCAGGAAGUGUAGAAAUGGAUUGGAUGGUAUUCAUAUGUGGGCUGGAAUGAAGCGUGACAUUACAGAGGAUCUUUUAUCUGCCGUUUUGGACCCAAAACUGAUAAAUUACGCAGUAACGUGAUUAAAAAAGGCAGAGACUGUGAACAGAGGCUGCCAAUGCUUCUCGCAGUCACUGAAAAGAGAAAAACAAUCCCAGCUGAUCACAUUAGUGUAAGUGAACAGAGCUAGUUACACUGCAGAAACUAUAUGAUCUGAAUCAAUAUGCACAUAAAACGGCAUGCACUGCAAAAACAAUUCUUAAGUAUUUUUACUUGUUUUACAGUACAACUAUCCAAACAUUUAAUUCAAGAUUGCCAGCAAAAUGACUCGUGAUGUUGAGUCUUGUUUUCUGAAAAAUUGAACAAUUAAGUGAAUUUAUCCUUAAAACAAGGAGAAUUCAAAGCGAAAACAAGCUCAUUGACAGUGUUUUUCUUUCUUUUUUUUCAAUUUUCAUUAUAAAAUGCACUUAUUUUGAGUCCUUUCUUUCAGAAAACAAGACUUAAUAUCUUAUGCCAUUUUGAGUCUCAUGUAAAUGUAUCUUUAAAAAAAAAUGUAAUGUUUGUACUGGAAAACAGGAUAAAAAUACUAUUAAAUAAUCAAUUUGAUAAAUAAAUAAAAUUUUUGCAGUGUCUAAAUAAAUUUAAAAAAACAUGCAUUUGUAUUGGAGCCAUAGUACACUGCAAGAAUAACAAUAAUAAGGACUUGUUUUCCGGUACAGACAUCUAAAAUGUAAAUAUUUUAAACAUCUUUGAAACCAGAUGCAUUUACUAGAGAAUCAGCAAUCCAUAAGUUAUUAGGAUUUGUUUUUAGAGGUUAAAUCUUUAAUACAAGUGCAUUUCCCCUGCAUAUUUUUAACUUGUUUUAAGUAUAAACAAGCUGAAAACAAAUGGAAAAAUCAGUCUAAAAAAAAAACGUGUCUUAUUCAAUAUCGGAUGCAGUGUUGCUUCUCAAGUAGACUAAUCUUGUUGAUUUUCAGAUACUUUUAGAUUUUACUUUUAAACCAGCCAAAAAUACUAAAAAUUUAAGUUAUUUUUGACAAUUCUGGCUGACAUCUUACAUGUUAAUUUGGGAAUGAGGGUGAAGGUUUAAAUUAUUACUCGAGGUUUAUUUAAAGAUUUGAAAAAUGCAUUUAUCGUUAUUCAGACAGAUCCUCUAUAGACUUGCAUUAGAAAGGAGCGAGCGCUUGUCUGAUGAUAUAGUACACGGCAACACAGGCGAGGGGUCAGUUAUCAUCAGGCUUGGACAGAAUGUGUUUUUUAGGAAGUUAGCAUGAAAUUGGAAGGUUUUUAAAUCCUGUUUUAAGCAAAAAUCCAAAUGCAUUGAGUGAGGUUUAUGCAUAAAACAAGAAAAAACAAAAGGCAACUGGGAAAGACAAUGAAACCUAAUGCAAGAUAUAUAUAUAUUCACCUCAAACAAGUCCCCUCCUUCAUCCACCUGCCUCUAUCACAUCAAUUUGUGAUAGAUAAAAUAUCCAGAUCUUGACAUUAACAACUGUGAGGCAGAUUCUGUCUGAGCCUGAUUAUAACUCACAUCUGCACAAGUUUAACUCGACAUCUGGUAGGUUUAUUAUAAGAUCCGAAUCAAACACAGAGGAGUAUAUUUAUGUGAGAUGUGUGAAGAAUUGAUGGCGUUUGGUUUGGGUCUCCAUCCACCAUAAGACCUGUGAUCAUGGGCGUCUCGAACUGGACUGAAAUGACAUUUGUGGCUUGGUUUUCUUGUCUUUUUUUGGAUCGUUUCACUCUUUUCUUGCACGCAGCCAAAGCACAAACCAUCUGAGACUCGGAGGGAGAACAGGAAGUGUUUGCCUUCAUUUCCUCCGCAUUGCCAAACCACCAACCGGUGAAGAAACAGGGAGGACUAUUAUCUGUACACGAAACUAACUAAAGUUUAUUUUAGGAUCUUUACAUGUCAACAAACGGUUUCUAGACGAAAUGUGUAUAUAUAGAAAAUGUUAAAGAAAUGGUAUGUACUGUUAUUGUUUGAAUUGAUGAUUAUGUUUCAUCAUUAAUUAGGACAGUAACACGUAUGCAAAAUACAUUCGUAAUG